CAGAAGAUGACGCUACAGCAACUACACCGAAUGUAAAAAUGAACUUGAGCAGAUGUAGUCCCCGAAAAAAUCCGCAAGACCCAAAAAAAGCGUCUUGGAUACACAAAAUGGCUGGUUCGGGCCGCAUUGCGGGCGUGGUGCAGCUGGAGCUGGGCCUUUUGUACAAAGUAUUCGAGGUUGAGUUCUUCGGAGGUACAGAUGCAGUGGGUGAAAAUCCAAAUCAAACAAUCGAGGACGCCUCCGAAAUCAAGGAAGCGAUGGGCCGCAUUCUUUCCGCCGACGCCGGUCUAGUGGAAACGUAUCAAGCGACGCAAGACCGGUUUGCGCGCGACGUGUUGCGGGUCGUGGUCAGCGCCCUACCAGCGCUGGUCGAAGCGCACAGAAAAAGCGUUCAGACCGUGGCGUUUGUCUUCGGGGAGGCUUUUCCGACGGAGCCGUUUUUGCACGUGUUCAACAGUCUGGUCUUGCUGUUCGAACUCGACCACGUGUAUUCCCUGAAAAUUAACCACUUCCAUCCAAUUUGUCAUGCUAGGCGUGGAGAAAGUGCCAGGUCGUCGGUGGUCUUUGUCAUGCAAAAAGUUGACUGAUAUGGGGUUGGGGAUGGUUACCUUCUUUUCAAGGAAUAACGUACAGCCCACGGAUCCCGCGGCGCCGGAGCUAUUGGGGAUUUUGGCCAGUGCGUCCACCGAGACGACGGACUCGAUAACGGUCGGGGAGCUGCUGCUUGCCCAAAUCGCGGAGAGUUUCGACUAUGUGCUCCGCGAGGUGGUGCUUGGCGGCGGCGAAGCGGCCUUCAGCGGGACUGCCGGGAGGCUCACUUGCCAGGCCAUGUGGCGCGUGUUGUGCCAGUGUCUGAACUGCAGCGCGCUCUCCGGCUCCAUGUUUCUGGAGCUCUGCGGCCACGAACCGAGGUUUCCGGUCGCGGUGGCCCGCCUGCUGCUCAACAUGGAGCCCUGCAUCGCGCGCAGCGUCGCGGAACUGUGGGUCGCGAAGGAAAAUCUGAAGGGCGCAGAUGCCGUGGCGAAAAAGCGGCAAACCAGAGUAGCCGAAGAGACGGGCGCGCUGCACGAUUUGUACGAAUUCAAACGGAGACUGUCGAUGGCGUUCGUGGAGGAGGAACUCUUGGACAAAAUGUUGCGGGUCUCCGAGGUGCUGUUUCACGAAGCCUACGCCGAAAGCGACGACGAGGAAGCGAACCUCAUGGGAUACCAGUCUUUUGGGGAAGUAAUGUCUUCACCAACGCCGAACGCGAAGGCGCAGGCGAAUGCUAACACUUACCAAAGCGAGAAACUUCGCCUUCGUAGUGAGGAAUUUCGAGUGGUGUUUUCGUGUUUGUGCCGCUGUGCGAGGGAGAUGUGUGACAUGCUGACCGACCCGAGGUAUGUCCUGUGGGCAACCGCGAAGCACAAAACUUUCUUCAAGCGGCUGAAGAGACACUUGCGGUUGUACGGGAAGCACGUAGUGGAUUUUGUGCACGAGAAGCUGUUUUUCAGCGGAAAAGUGGUUUCGCCCUGGGACAAGCUGUUUCCGGAAAUGCUAGACGCGCUGCUAGCCCUGAAGCUGCUCGACCCCCGGAUCGUGAUGGAAGGCAGCCUGCUUCCCGAAGAUUUGCUCGUGCAGGAUCGCGGCCCGCUGCACUCCAACACCCCCCGCUACUGGUCGUUCCAUCACUUCGCUGGGGAAGUGCAGCCAGCGGCACACGCACGACUCGUGCUGCUCACCAUUCCGCUGGAAGACGACACCGGAGCGAACGCCACGGAGGAACAGCAGGCGAUGCACCAGCAAUAUCUGUACGAAACCUUCUUUGCGCCUGUCGCCAACUGCUCCGCGAAUCCCCAUGCGUUUUGGCGGGUGGUCAUCCCCUGGCUAAGUCGGUUCUACGUGUACAGAAAAAAACAGGACGUCGCAGAGUACUGGUCAGAACAGCACGCCGCAACAGCGCAGUUUGACGAGUUCCUGUUCGACGCAGCUGAUAGUGACCAGCACGCUGGCGGCGCACCAGCAGCCGCACGCGCGGAACAGCUGGCGGGCGAUGCCUAUGACGUCCACACUCGCCAAACGGACGACGAACCGGUAAGCAGUCCUCAGAGAAUGGUUCACAGCUCCGAGGACUUUCCGCCUCCGGGACUUGAAUUUUACGAGACGCAACAGAGGUACCGCGACGACCCAGCUCUUCUCUUGGAGGCUUCAACGGCAGUCGUCGCGAUUGAUGAGCAGACGCAUGUGGGGGCCGUGCUCUCCUCAAUAGCAAACGACACAGCAGGGGCGGGGAAGUCAGAUGUCUCAGCCCCAGAUGAAAAUAAACAGCCAAACCUUCUUCAAAACGUUGGAAACUCGUCGCUCAGCAUGAUGGACCCGGACGCCAUUCCGCCUCAUUGGCGCUGUCACAUUGAUGGGCGAAUUAUGACAAACCCUGUCCGGUUUCUGUCUCCAAGCACUGGUGAACUGUUUUUCUACGAACUUGCCACGCUGCAAGCGUGGGCUGCGGCCAGUGGCGACGUCUGCCCAAUCACGGGUGAGGCUUUUACCGGCGACAGCCUGCAGCGCGAUGGUGCGUUGGAGGAAGAGAUUCGUGCUGGCCUAGCGGGUCAUAGCGUCCAGAAUCCUGGUUAGUGGAAGAUGUACGAGGACCUUAACAUGAUAUGUUUUGAUGAGUGUCUACGUCGCAUACAAGUGCAAGACAACUAAACAUAGACGCAUCACAUAAUGAAUAGAAUCAGUAUCAGAACUCCCACGAGAGCAACACAUAUCGUCACGGUUCUUCCUAUCCGCGUUGCGAAACUGACUCCAGGCACAUUGCAGC